ACAGGCUCGAUGAACCGUACACCAAUAAGAUCGAAACUACAACAAUACGUCUAAGCAUUGUAUUUGUGCCACGACAAACUAUUCUGAAAGAAAGGAAUUCGCCCCCAGCGACAGCAGCACCAUCAUCGAAGCCAUGCUGCACGAGGAGGUCGAACUGGACGAUACGCAUCUCUGCAACAAAUGCGGUCGCACGGUGGUCGGGCUGGAGACUUACAUCAAACAUCGAAAGGUUGCUUGUGUGCCAUCGAAGCCCGCAACGGUGACGAUUGCCAGUGGACCCAGUACUCGCAUUGGUCCCUCGGAGCAAGGGUACUCGUCGUUUGACUUUGGUGAUGCCAUUAAAGAUGCGGACCACCACAAGAAACUGCCAAACUAUGGAUUCAACUAUGAUUUGGAGCCGCACCACAGUGACCCGGUGCAAAGACCGGAUAGUAAAACGGAUUACAAAAAUGAAGUGAAUUAUGACUAUGAGCUGGGAGCAGAUUUGUUCUUCUCAUCUUUGGAGCUGCAAAGUAGCUCGAAGAAAAGUGGGAAUUUACAUGCAUCCACCAGCAAACUGAACGUUCCCAUUCGCCCAAAAGAGAGAAAACCAACUGUAUCACUGUCAAACACAGAUCCGGACCAUGAGCCAGAACACGAGGAUGAUUGGAUUGCCCCAGAGCAUGAUUCAGAGAAGCUAAUGAAAGCAGUCAGUGAUAUUAGUGGGACCAAGAGAGUUGAAUUGUUUCCGUUUUUCCAACAUGAAUCUCCAGAACCAUCGGAAGACGAGAGCGAAGACGAUGAAGACUUUGACGCCCCACCGAGAACUCACACCGGGGGCAAAUGGAAACCGGAAAAUCGUCCAACGUCUUCUCAGUGGCGCCAUUGGCCCGAUCAGGACGCUCAACUUGACAAAUCGAUCGAACAGGAUGACGAUGAAGAUUACAAAAGCUUUUCCCCACCACCGGGACAUACCAAGGGCAAAUGGGUUCCAGGAUCUAAAAUUACCCGUCUGGAGUACAGAGUUCCCUCGUUUCCCAGCAAACCGUUUGACGAAAGCUACUGGUGCAGCAUCUGCAAUCGAAAGCUUGCGUCACGUUUUGUCUACGAGAGACACUUGAAGUCUAAUCUUCAUCUCAAGAAAGCACAAGAAGAAUCAGAGCUGGAAAGAGCGGUCAAACCAGGCCUUUACUCGAAUGAACUCUCGAAACGGAUCACUAAGCCAUCCGUGUACCUAGGAGAUGACUUCUUCAGCAGUAGUCUUAGCCCUGAGAAAAGUUCAACGCCAAUCCCACAGGUUCUCCAAGAGAAUCCACUGCCACCACCCACCACGUCGGGUAAAAUUAAAAGAAAACGGAAAUGCUACUACACCAAGUGUGAGAUCUGCAAGACUCGCCUUCCGACGCAUCUCCUAGGGAAACAUUUGAUUUCACGAUACCACUACCGUCGAAUGCUCAACCGCCCUGAGCAAUGUUUCGACGAUAUUUUAAAGAACAUCCACCGUAUUGUCCUGCAAUCACCUUUCCAAUGCCACCCUUGUCGGUUUUACGCCAACACCGAGGAACACUUCAUGACACAUUGGAACUCAGUCGAGCACGAGCAAAAAGUCAGUUCUGGUGGAAGGCUGUGGUGCAGCUUCUGCAAGUUCGAGUGUUCCGAUAACUUCCAAAUGACGAACCACUUGCUCGACCAGGAUCACCAAGAAGUGAUAUCCGUCAUCAACCGAUCGGUACCGAUCAUCAUCCGCAAGAUAAUUCCCAUUCGCUGCCCAUUCUGCGGAGAUGAAUUCCGCUACAAUGCCAUGCUGAACAAACACCACGAGUACUGCAACGAAGGCACCCCGGAAGAUGCGCUGAGAGUGAGACGAACUUUCCAAAAUUCCUUCACUUGCAACAUUUGCAAAGCAUCCUUCCACAACAACACCCUGCUUCUGCAACACAAUCAGAAACUGCACCGAAUGGCCACCUACUACUGUUCGAUUUGUGAAGUAACGUUCAAAACACCUACGGAAUCGCUGAAGCAUCGCAAGACCACUGCCCAUAAGGUGAUGUCAGCGAGGAAACGUCAGAGGGAUGGCAUCCCUCCCAAAGUGUGUCACAUCUGCAAGAAGCAACUGCCGGAUAUUCUGGCACUGAAGGAUCACAUACGCAGCGAUCAUCCGGAAAUUAAAUAUGGCUGCCCACAAUGUGGACAAAAUUUCGUCCUAGCUCAAGAACUUGGUAGACACGUACGUGACAAAAAUUGUUCAUUUUUCAAUUCUACCACAUCAUCACCGUCGUCGUCGUCGACGACGCCGUUCUCGACGGCCGUGCUAUCUUCCUCAACACCGGUGGUUGCGGAAGCUACCCCGAUGCAACCGAACGUGAUGGUAACUCUCGCAUCAACAUCCCGAACGCAUCCGGCCACGAUUGUGACGCCGACUACGACGAGAACGAGGACGCCGGCCGAAAAUUCAAUUAUCCCAAAUGAUUCAAUUAAAGUAAAUAUGAAUGAUCGUAAGGAAGCAAAGGAGUCACAUCUGUAUUCUUCGAGUUUAACGCCGGCGUCCACAACUGUGGGAGCUUACACCGUGGAAGCAACAACGGGUCAGCAUGGGAUGGACACAGUUUCCAGGGCAGCAGUUGACGAACCGGCAGAAGCUUUCACGUCGAUGCCACCGUUGACCGUGAUGGGACAUUACUCCACCCUGCUGCCAUCGACAACGGUACAUGGAACGCUGCCCGAAAUUGAGACCCAUCGAGUCGUCGUCACGUCGACCCACAAUUUUCUCCUCCCGGGCCCCUCCUCAUCAUCCCAGUCGUCCUUGUCGGCGCACCACCCGCUUAUCGUUAUUCCAACAACGGUGGUGGCCCAGCCAGCAGCCACCAUCAUCCCAGCACCAUCGAACGAUGAGGAUGGCAAUGAUGAUAACAUUGUCACCAGUGCGUCCACGUCAGCGGAAAUCUUUUUCGCCAUGGCUAAUAAUGCGUCCGAAAAUAAUACUGUUUACGUUGAUGAAAUCGUUGGCACCACCACCGAGGGCAGCUCGGUCGUAUCCUGGCAGUGUAAAAUAUGCCCAUUCAGGUCAAACUCGCAGGCGGAAUUUUUAUAUCACGAAAUUUUGCACUCAUCAAAGAUGGACUCCACGGCGCUGGAGGCAGCGAAAGUCACCUGCCCACUAUGUAAAAAGCAAUUUUCCAAGGCUUCGUUGCGAUGCCAUCUGCGCCAGCACACGGACGAACGAAUUUUCCCAUGCGAGCUGUGUCCCAUGAGCUUCACUCGGAAGGCCAAUCUCAAGAACCAUGUGGCGAACGUUCACACGAGAAAGCAGCAAGUCAAUGACGACGAUAGUGCUAAUCAGACGACAAUUACGCCUAAACUAGAAGAACUUCCGAAAAGUGCUGUCUGUGCUAUUUGUGGCAAGGCUUUCUCCAACAGCAAAAUCCUAUCCCAAAACGCCAAGGUCCACGUGGCAAGCAAAUCGAUCAGAGAAUUCGUCUGUCAGCACGAAAACUGCUUCUACAUCGGACAGACGGCGUCCGAGGUGCAAACCCAUCUGCUCACCCAUCACCUCCACCAUCAGCACACGGACGAUCGAAACUUUGUGUGCACCGAGCAAGGCUGCGACUACCGCGGCAAGACCAUCACUCAGCUGCGAAGACAUUCCCAACGACACGAGGUAACCGAGAAAAAGUACAAAUGCAAUCAGUGUGACUUUGCCUCCCGAAUUCCGGGACAUCUGAAGCGACAUCUGCUAGUGCACAGCGGUCGUAAACCGUUCCAAUGUCCUCACUGCGAGUACAGCUGUAACAAUAUCGAAAAUCUUCGGAAGCAUGUUAUCUCCACAUCGAAGCAUAAGGGAAAGUUUUUGUACGAAUGCAGGUAUUGCCCGGCAACGACUGAUUCUGGAGAAGUCUUCAAAGCUAACUUUAGCAAAGAUUAUAGAAAUCAUUUGCUUGUAGAUCAUAAGUUGACCGCUGGGGAAGCAAACCAGGCUGUGCGUAUAUUUUGAAAUUGUUUGGUGGAUUAAUUAAUAAAUAUUUUAGAUAUACACCGUAGCUCCUGA